UGAUUACAACAACAAAAUGGAAGUAGACACAAGCUCAUCGUCAUCUUCAGAGGACGAAUGUGACCCAAGCUCUCCGAGCACGGCAUAUAUCCACUCAGCAAGCGUACGAUUAUCCGUCGGAACAGAAGAAGCGGCUCGAACCGUGGCAGAUGUCAUAAAAAUCGAUAAAGAGCCGAGAAGAAGUGGUGCUCGACGGGAAGUGUGCAGCGAAGGCGAAUUUGUAGUCAUAAAAAUCGAAUCAAAAGAUCCGAAAUCAUUGUCAAAAUCCAUUGCCAACGCUGUUGAUAUGAUCGAUUUGUCCGUGAAAACUAUCAAACUUUGUGAAAAUCUGGGAAAAUCGAAGGAAAACGGAUUGAAAAGAAAACUCUCAAACGGAUCUCAGGCUUAAUUUGAUUAAAAUUUGUUAUUUUUUCUGUUUUUGUUUUUUGAAAUGAAUUUUUUUCAACUU